CCGAAAUGGACCCCAACUACUCCCACCCCACUGGUGGCUCCUGCACCUGUGCUGGCUCCUGCAAAUGCAAAGAGUGCAAAUGCACCUCCUGCAAGAAGAGCUGCUGUUCCUGCUGCCCUGCGGGUUGUGCCAACUGUGCCCAGGGUGGCAUCUGCAACGGGAUGUCAGACAAGUGCAGCUGCUGUGCCUGA